GUCAGUCCCUAUCGCGGUGUUGUUUUCGUACCGAUCGCAAUCGGGCUAUUUCUGGUUUUGGAUUACUAUUUUUAAUUAAAUGUACGAAUAUUUUGUGUAAAGAGUGUUAUAAAAAAGUGAUAAAAGAACAGCAAGAAUCCUGAUAUUGCGGAUUUGUUUUAAAAAAGCAUUUCAAGUGGAUUAAUUGGUAUGAUUGCGAAGUUGCCUGCCCUCCCCCACAGAAUCUAUUAAACAGCGGGCCCCAAAACAAGACACCCCGCAAAAGAAAACACUUUAUCUCUUAUCAGCUGUAGAUUUCAUCGUAGCAGAACGAAAACAUAAACCGCGACAACAGCAUACCUGCGCCACGUUGUGGGCAGGUACAGGUUGAGGCGCAAACAACGCGCCCCGUCCCAGUUACAGCGUAUACGCAGCAGCAUACGCAUCGUCAAAAAGCGCGUACCCCAACACUUGUUGUUGCUGUUGUGGUUCAGCUUCAUUUAAUCCAAGUGCCCAAAUUGGAUGAGACGACAUCGUUUCGCUCGAAGAAACCGGUUUGUUACAUAGCAACGGGAAGAGCGCAGCCACUAGACCAUGUUUGUCAGACGCAUUCUCGCCUCAAACAGGCACCGUCUUUUGUUGCAAUCUGCCUCGUGCCGUGUGAUUUCACUUGCGGAUAAUGCAACCAGCAUUGACGGUGGCACUGUGCAAACUCGAUCACUUUACCAUGAACGACAGCAUCAAUCAGGUGGUGGAAGGGGUGGAAACCGGCCGGCUGAUAGUACGCCGCUAUCGGCGACAGCCGCCGUCAUCUUCGGUGGAUCGUUAUUGACAUACUUGAUAACGGAGAAGAUAAAGAAAGCCAGCAACAGUGUGUACGCAAAGGAAGCAUCAUCACUGGAAGAAAUCCGCAGAGCACACGACACCGUGCGCAAAGACCUGCCCGAAUACACGAUGGACGAGAUUGUGAAGCACAACGGCCCUUCGGCCGGCAUCUGGGUAACGUACGGGGUCGGCGUGUACGACAUAACCUCCUUCGUGCCGAAGCACCCGGGCAGCGAUAAGGUGAUGCUAGCGGCCGGCGGGGCUAUCGACCCGUUCUGGCACAUCUUCCAGCAGCACAACACGAAGGAGGUGCUAACGUUGCUGGAAUCGUACCGCAUCGGUAAUCUGCGGGCGGAUGAUGUGGUCAGUACGAAGGACCUGCACGAUCCCUGGUCUGCGGAACCGAAGCGCCAUCCGAUUCUGAAGCCUGCAACACAGAAACCGUUCAACGCGGAACCACCGGCGUCCGUGCUGGUGGACAGUUUCUUGACGCCGAAUGAAUUUUUCUAUGUCCGCAACCAUCUCCCGGUGCCGGAGGUGGACAUUAAAAGCUACGAGCUGGAGAUGGAGAACGAAAAGACGGGCCGGAGUAAAACGAUUCGCUUUCCGGAUCUUCUCAAGUACCCGAAGCACACCGUCACGGCAACGAUUAUGUGUGGGGGCAAUCGACGAAGUGAAAUGAUGGAGGUCAAACCGAUCAAGGGACUGCCGUGGGGUGCUUCAGCCGUCGGCAAUGCGCAGUGGACCGGUGCACGACUUUGCGAUGUCCUGCGGGACAUGGGCGUAAAGGAGGGCGAUGAAGAGGGUCACGUACAGUUCGAAGGGCUCGAUACGGACCCAACCAGCACACCGUACGGUGCGUCCAUUCCACUGGCCAAAGCGAUGGACCCGCGGGGCGACGUGAUACUGGCGUACGAGAUGAACGGUCAACCGUUGAACCGCGAUCAUGGCUUCCCGGUGCGCGUGAUUGUCCCAGGGGUGGUUGGAUCGCGCAACGUGAAAUGGUUGGGCCGGAUUGUGGUGUCGCGGGCGGAAAGUUCCUCCCACUGGCAGCAGAAUGAUUACAAAUCUUUCAGCCCCAGCACGGAUUGGGAUACGGUCGAUUUUAAGAGUGCACCGGCGAUACAGAACAUGCCCGUCACGUCCGCCAUCUGUACACCGGCCAGCGGAGAGACGGUGCAGGUGGAAAAGGACGGAUACGUGACGGUGCGGGGGUACGCUUGGUCCGGCGGUGGGUCGGAGAUUGUGCGCGUUGAUCUGACGGCGGAUGGUGGGAAAACGUGGACGGUGGCAACGUUGGAUGAGAGUGAGAAGGGUUCUGGGCCAGGGCGGCACUGGUCGUGGUCACUGUGGACGGCGAAAAUUCCGGUACCGAAGGGGCAGCGCGGGGCAUCGCUCGAGAUCGUUUCGAAAGCGGUCGACAGUAACUACAACACGCAGCCGGAAUCGUUCGCGAACAUCUGGAAUCUGCGGGGUGUCGUCGGCAAUGCGUACAGCCGGGUGAAAGUGAAUGUAAAGUAAACCCCGCCCGCGUGCUGCCAACCAUAGUUGAUAAGGGUGAUGAGGGGCGAUAAGAAGGGAACUAUUUUGUUCAGUAGUCGUGUAGUGCGAUUAUUACUUGAUUUCGUUCUGCCGUCCUGACUGAAUGUUUUUGAAGUGUAACUGGGGAGAAUGGGUAGUUCAAGGGAAAGUCUUCUUUGAAGUGGCCUCAUCUACAGGUUUUUUUUUAAAUUUUUUUUUCACUUACCUAGUAAGUUUCGGUGGUAACAAGGUACAGCUAAGCUGCUCUGCGCAAUACAUCACAUAUUAAUGUUAAUAAAUGAUGUUCUUUUUCAAAAUUUA